AUGACACAAAACACAGAAAGAAGUACAGUGUUUAGUAAAAUUGUUGGCGUCAGAGAUAUUUCAACAGACAAAAGGGAAUUAGAGAAGAGUAUUAUGAAGGAAUUAGAAGAGAGAAGGAAAUAUAAGGAGCCUGACAUUGAGGAAAAGGAGAUGGAAAAAUUAGAGAUCAGCAAUGAGGGGAAAAUGAGAGACCUUCGUCCUACAAAUCAUUCUGAAAGCAUAGGAAGAAUUAAAAAAAGAAGAGCUUCUUUACCAGCAAAGCAAUACAGAAAGUGUUUCAGAAAAUGAAGGAAUUCCAUUGUACAAAUAACAGACACUAAUAUAAACCAGACUAACCCGCGAAAAGCCCUUGAAAAAUUUACUGUUUACAACCUCAAACCUUACUCGAAGGGUGCUCUUAAAUCGAGAAAAUCUCAGAAACUAUCAAAUAAAUCAACUAGGUCUUCAAAAGCACUAAAGACCCAUAAAAGUUCUAAGGCAUUUAUAAAUUCUACUUCCGAUAUGGAUAUCUCUGUCAAUCCUAUCCAUAAAACUAGCUCGAGGGAGGUUUCAAAGACCAGAAACCCCAGUGCAAAGAGACCUUUAUCCUCUACCGUUAACUUUAGCUACAAAGCCCGGAGACGAUCCAAAGGGUUCAUAAGCAGAGUUUCUCAUGUUCUAGGCUUGUGGAUGAAAGGUAAAACAAAGAGAAUGCACCAACCUUGAUCUAAGUUUAUCAAGCCAAGUUUUCCUAAAAAUAAUCGUAUUCACAAGAUAGAUCUUGAUAUUCCUCUACGCAAUUCAGUUAUUUUCACAGAAAAAGAUGAUCUAAGAAUAAACUUUGUAAAAUCAAAGCCAAGACCUAAAGCUCAAAAAUUAAAAUCUCCUAAAAAGAUCGGUAAAACGCGCAGAAUCAAACGUCGAAGGAAGAAACCAGACCCAAUGAUAACCUGUAUCAACGUAUCGAAGCACAAGACUACUCAAUGCACUGAAAAUGACUUGAGUGUGCAGGACCUUCUUAAUCAUUCUCAACUACUGGAUACUGACCGGACCAAAUUUACUCCUAAGCCAAGCCCAGAGGAAUGUAAAAUCUUUUCGAGGCCGUACAGACCUCGAAAACUUCAAGAAGUAUCCUCUUUCCACCAUUCUAUGAUUUCUAAAAAUAUGUUUUAG